AUUAACAUGUUAUAUUCAACCAAUGUUUGUCAUGUUUUUGGAUGACGUCAUCGCGGCUCCCUGAGUACACAUGUGAAGUUGGCAUGUAUACACCGGCUGCAACCUGGAUGUAGACAUGAAUGGUGUAUGCGAGCGUGUCCCAGUCUGCUCUGUGGUCAGGAUGGGGGUGAAGGAGCGUCCUCAGUGCUACUUUGAUGUGGAGAUCAACAGAGAACCAGUUGGACGUAUAGUCUAUCAACUGUUCUCCGAUGUCUGUCCCAAGACUAGCAAAAACUUCCUCAGUUUGUGCACUGGUGAGAGAGGAACUGGGAAAAGCACAGGGAAAAAGCUGUGUUUUAAAGGCUCCACAUUUCACAGAGUUGUAAAGAACUUCAUGAUACAGGGAGGAGACUUCACCGAGGGCAAUGGAAGAGGAGGGGAAUCCAUAUAUGGAGGCUACUUUGAAGACGAGAACUUUAUUCUCAAACACGACCGAGCUUUCCUGUUGUCCAUGGCCAACCGCGGCAAACACACCAACGGGUCCCAAUUCUUCAUAACCACCAAGACAGCACCUCAUCUCGAUGGGGUCCAUGUGGUGUUUGGCCUGGUCAUCUCAGGCUUUGAGGUGAUCAAGAGGAUUGAGGGUCUGAAGACGGACGGAGCCAGCAGGCCGUACGCUGAUGUUAGGGUUAUGGACUGUGGUCAGCUCAUCACUAAGUCAGCCAACGAUGUUCUGGAAGGAAAGAGGAAGCGGCGGUCGCAUUCUGCAGACUCCUCCCUCAGUUCUCCUGGCUCCUCUCAGUUCUCCUCUCUGGAGUCUGGGAGUGAAUCUGAGGAGAAGCACCACCACCACAGGCGAAAGAGACACUCCAAGAGCAAACGCUCCAAGAAGAGGAGGAGAGAGAGGGAGGUGAAGAGAGAGGGUCACACUGACAGGGUGGAGCCUGGUCUAAAGGGCCCUGUGGAUGGAGGGAUGGUGGCGGUAGCUGUGGAGGAGGAGGGUGGAGGGAAGGAGCAGAGUGGUUUGAAGAGAGAGAAACCAGUAGUUCGUCCAGAGGAGAUCCCUCCUGUUCCUGAGAACCGCUUCCUAUUGAGGAGAGACCAGCCGGGUCAGGAGGACCAUCCAGACACAACUAAGCCAGAGGUCUCCUCCCUUCCCAAUGACCUGAAGCAGUCAGUCACCAAGUCUGGACGCAAGAUCAAAGGCAGAGGGACAAUGAGGUACCACACCCCGACGUGCUCUAAGUCGCACUCAGCUUCGGAGGAGGAGGGACAAGGAAGCAGCGAAACUCCGCCCCACUGGAAGGAGGAAAUGCAGAGAACCAAGACCUACCAGCCACCCAGCGUAGAGAGAUGGAGCCGAGGAGACAACAGAUGGGAGGGAGACCGCAGCAGGAGUGACUCCCCAUGGUCCCAGUCCCCGGAGUGCUCCUCAGGCCACAGCUCUGACCGCUCCAGCCAGCCCCGCCCACACAGGAAGGAGAAGAAGAAAGCCAAGCGCAAGAAGGCCAAGAAACGCAAACAUGCCAAGAGACAAAAGAAGGAGUCCACCAAGAGCAAAGAGCCCAAACAGUCGCCCGUCCGAGAGGGUCAGGGGACAAAUCCUGGUGAUAUUGAGAGAAGGUCCCUCUCAGUGUCCCGGACCCCUUCCGCCCACAGACGCUCCCCCAGAAAGCAGUGCUCCGGGUCGGGCAAGCGGCGUCACUCCUCCCCUUCAUCCAGAGACUCCAGUUCCUACACACCUAGCCGCUCCAGAUCCAGGGGCAGGUCUGUGUCUUACUCCCAGUCCAGGAGUCUGUCUCACUCCAGAAGCAGGUCUCUAUCUAUGUCAAGGUCCACAUCCAGGUCUCGAUCCAGAUCCCGGUACAGAUCCAGGUCCAGGUCUUUGUCCCGGCUCAGGAGGAGAAAGCCAACCAGAUCCUCCAAGAAGUCCAAGAUGGCUGACGUCAGCAAGCUAAAGCCAGACGCCUCAACCGCAGGGGCAGUGAAGGGUGUAGAGACCAAAGCCACAGCCCUCCCUGCCACCCCAGCCCCUGAGAACGCCCCUGUCAUACCCAUGAGUGACAGCCCCCCUCCCUCACGCUGGAAGCCUGGCCAGAAACCGUGGAAACCCUCCUACGUCCGAGUCCAGGAGGUCAAGACCAAGACGACUCCAGCCUGUCUGUCCCCCAUAGGCCCCACAGCUCCCAGUACAUCUGAUAACCACCCAGAUAACUCCCACCUGGAAAAGAGCCGUGGCUCUAAGAGCCACAGACACCAGAGACGAUCACCCAGCGGCUCCUACAGGAGCAGGUCCUACAGCCGGUCUCACAGUCACUCCAGGAGUCACUCCCGGUCCAGGAUACGGUCACCAGGUCCCUACUACAGCAGAUCCUCCUCCUACAGCAGGUCAGACUCCUAUGACUCUCACAGGAGAGGCCUAGACAAGACCUUAGACAAGACUAUAGACAAGGGCUGGAAACAGUACUACAGCUCUCUGAAGCGGAUCAAGAACCUGGAUAAGUACCUCAAAGCGCCUGACUCCCAGAUCAACAUGUUUUCAUCUGACUCUGAGGACGGAACAGACAGCGAACACAGUCCUGGGCCCAGGCAGAAUGGCUCCAAGGGACCAAAGCUCUUUGGCAUCUUAUCAGAAGACCGACCUCAUCAGGAAACGGAAGCAAAAAGUCUGAAACCAAACCAAAAGUCCUUGGAGGAACCCAGCAGUAGGUCAGAGUGGGACAGUGACGGGGAUAAACUAGGCAGAAAGACCAGCCUGGUGAACAACCAAAAGCCUGAUGUUAGGUCAGCAGAGAUUCCUGACCAGAGACUAGCAGCUCUCGCUGGGUGGGACUCUGAGAGCGACUCUGAGAAGGUGCUGCCCAAGAUGGCCACCACCGAGCCCAAGGUCUUCCUGUCAGAGAAGGAGGAGGGCGAGGCCAGCUCCGAGUCAGAACAUGAACACCAUGUACGGUCACACAGCAAGAUGAACAAAGCCCCUGGAACCUCUGUGUUGCCGCUUCCUGCACCUGUACAUAAUGCCACCCCAUUGGAGGGGAGCCCUGAGAAGGGCCUCGAGGCAGAGAGACACAAGAGCAGGAAGAAGAACAAACGUAAACACAAACGCAAGAGGAGGAGCUCUGCCAAGUCUGGCUCCCACAGGUCAAAGGUCAAGUCAAAGCGGUCCAAGAGGAAACACCAGAAGCUGAAGGAGACAUUCCACUGGCAGCCGCCAAUGGAGUUUGGAGAGGAUGAGGAGGAGGAUGAGUCCCAGAAAGAGAAACGUCUGGAGCAACAACAUACUGCUGUAAAGGAUAGUCCUCAGAGAGCUGUCAGGGGAAGACCUGGCAAAUCUCCAUGUCUGGAAAAGGAGGACAAGGAGAUAAGUCCUGCUUCACCCAACAGAAACAGUUCAGUACAGCCAAUGCCUCACAGAGUGGAAGAUGCAGCAGAGAUUACCAAAGAACUGAAAGCUAAACCAACUGCCAACUUUAACCCAAAACACUCAAAACCUCAGGACCUCACUGCUAACCUGCCAAAGAUGGAUCAGCCAGAGAUGGUAGACGAUAUGGAGAUCUGCACCCCAGAACAUGACCUCCCUGACCCCACUACCGAGCCAGCAGGCCUUCCGGGCCAACAGGCACCAGAUAUCAGUCUGAAAACACUGUCUCCUCUGAGUCGCUCCUUAAAGAAGGGAGACGUGUUUCUCUCACCUGUUAAAGAUCCACAGUGUACAGCAUCUCUGCCAGCUGUGAUGCUAGCUAGUGGGGAGCAGCAGGAAACUGCAGCAGGCAGAGCCGCUGGUCCUCCUGUCGACCCUAAAUGGAAGCCUCUAAAGGGGAUGGCUGCUCUGCAAGCCAUGAACCCAAACCCCUCCUCCCUGGCUCGUCUGCUCCCCACAAGACUCCCGGAGCACAGUGGGCCCCGGACCCAGCCCCAGGAAGGCAUCAGGCCCCAGGGCAGCAGGACCCAGAGCCAAGGCGGGAGGACCCAGGGGGGAGUCAGCAUCCAGAUCAAGAGCCAGAGCCGGGUGCGUCCGGGGUCGCUGUUCGACGAGGUACGGAAGACGGCCAGACUGAACCAGAGGCCCAGGAACCAGGACAGCAGUUCCAGUGAGGAGAGGUCUCAGUCUGCAGCUGGAGCUGUGGGAGGGGCCACGGAGGAGGAGCGGGGAAGCAGGAGGUCCCGGUCGGGGUCUAGCCCCUCCCACAGGUCCAGAGGAAGAUCCCCCUCCUCCAGCCGCUCCAGGAAUAGAUCGCGCUCCUCCAGCUACUCCUCCAGGAGUCGGAGCAGGAGCAGGAGGAGGUAUCCCAGAGGACGCUCCCAGUCCCGCAGCAUCACCUACCGCAGCUACAACAGUCAUAGUCGGACCUCUAGUAGAAGUAAUUCCAGAAGCCGUUCUUAUGAUCGACGCAGGAGAUCCAGGUCUGACUCCUAUGACACUUACUCUAGUCGGAGUCGUAGCCGCAGCUCCAGCAGGAGGCGUGGGAGAAGGAGUGAUAGCUACAGGAGCUCCAGGUCUUACCACUCCUCUAGUCGCAGCUCCUCCCGACACUGGAGUCACAGUGGAAGAUACAGUUGAGCUGGAUCAUGUCUGAUACCUUCUCUGUCCUGAUGAUUCAUGAGUCUGUUUCUGUCUCUGUCCUGAUGAUUCAUGAGUCUGUUUCUGUCCUGAUGAUUCAUGAGUCUGUUUCUGUCUCUGUCCUGAUGAUUCAUGAGUCUGUUUCUGUCCUGAUGAUUCAUGAGUCUGUUUCUGUCCUGAUGAUUCAUGAGUCUGUUUCUGUCCUGAUGAUUCAUGAGUCUGUUUCUGUCCUGAUGAUUCAUGAGUCUGUUUCUGUUCUGAUGAUUCAUGAGUCUGUUUCUGUCCUGAUGAUUCAUGAGUCUGUUUCUGUCCUGAUGAUUCAUGAGUCUGUUUCUGUCCUGAUGAUUUAUGAGUCAGUUUCUGUCCUGAUGCUUCAUAUGGGUUGAUCUGGUUCAUGAUUCUGUCUCUGUCCUUGUGAUUCCUGUGGGUCUAUACAGCUAUCAUGCCUACUCUCUGUCACUCAGUGUAAUACCGAACUGGACAAGAGUACAAACAGAUCUGGGACCAGGCAUGCCUUUUGUUCUCUCAUCUUCUAUUGGGAACUUAUUUGGUUACUUCUUAUAUAGAGGGAAAAGUAAUGACCUGUAUGUCAUUUGUGUGGCUAUUAGAAAGCAUUCAUAACCCUUGACUUAUUCCACAUUUUGUUAGAACCUGAAUUCAAAAUGGAUUAAUUAUCUAUUUUCUCUCACACAUCUGCACACAAUACCCUCUAAUGACAAAGUGAAAACAUGUUUUUAGACAUUCUUGCUAAUUAAUUGAAAGUUAAAUAGAGAAAUAUUUCCUUUAUUCACUUUUUUUAUUUUUACCUUUAUUUAACCAGGCAAGUCAGUUAAGAACAUAUUCUUAUUUUCAAUGACGGCCUAGGAACAGUGGGUUAACUGCCUGUUCAGGGGCAAAACUCGGGGGUUUGAACUUGCAACCUUCCGGUUACUUGUCCAACGCUCUAACCACUAGGCUACCCUGCCACCCCUGCCUGGCAGCGAUUACAGCUGUGAGUGUUUCUGGGUAAGUCUCUAAGAGAUUUGCACACCAGGAUUGUACAACAUUUGCACAUUAUUCUUUCAAAAUGUCUUCAAGCGCUGUCAAAUUGGUUGUUGAUCAAGUCUUGCCAUACAUAAUUAAGCCACUCAGGAACAUUCAAUGUCUUCUUGGUAAGUAACUGUAGUGUAUAUUUGGCCUUAAGUUUUAGGUUAUUGUCUUGCUGAAAGGUAAAUUAAUCUCUGUUGGAAAGCAGACUGAACCAGGUUUUCCUCUUGGAUUUUACCUGUGCUUAGCUCUGUUACAUUUCCAUUUAUCCUGAAAAACUCCUAGUUCUUACAGAUGCCACAUUUUUGACAGUUUUACUUUAGUGCCUUAUUGCAAACAGGAUGCAUGUUUUGGAACAUUUUUUAUUCUGUACAGACUUCAUUAUUUUCACUCUGUAAAUUAGGUUAGUAUUGUGGAGUAACUACCAUGUUGUUGAUUCAUCCUCAGUUUUCUCCCAUCACAGCCAUUAAACUCCUUUAACAGUUUUAAAGUCACCAUUGGCCUCAUUGUGAAAUCCCUGAGCUCUUUCCUUCCUCUCCGGCAACUUAGGAAGGACGCCUGUAUCUUUGUAGUGACUGGGUGUAUUGUUACAGCAUCCAAGGUGUAAUUAAUAACUUCAACAUGCUCAAAGGGAUAUUCAAUGUCUGCUUUUUUAAAAAUCUAUCUACCAAUAGGUGCCCUUCUUUGCGAGGCAUUGUAAAACCUCCCUGUUCUUUGUGUUUGAAUCUGUGUUUGAAAUGCACUGCUCUACUGAGGGACCUUAUAGAUAAUUGUGUGUGUGUGGGGUACAGAGAUGAGGAAGUCGUUCAAAAAUGAUGUUAAACUAUUAUUACAUACAGUGAGUCAAUGCAACUUAUGUGACUUGUUCAGAUCAUUUUUACUCCUGAACUUAUUUUGGCUUGUCAUAACAAAGGGAUUGAAUACUUAUUGACUGAAGACAUUUAAGAUACUCAUUUUUUAUUCAUUUUGUAAAAUAAAAAUACGGAAUUCCACUUUGACAUUAUGGGAUAUUGUGUGUCGGCCAGUGACACAAAAUCUAAAUGUAAUCCAUUUCUGGAUGUAACACAACAAAAUGUGUAAUAAGUCAAGGUUGUGAAUACUUUCUGAAGGCACUGUAUAUUUGUUUAUUCCUAACAGACAGUUUUAAUUUGUUUUUUAAGUUCAUUUUAUUUAGUAUUGAUUUUAUACACUGAAAUAACUGAAUGUACAUCAAGCAAGAAACUGAUCCAAUGUUGAGUUUAUGAUAGACAAGUUCUGUUUUUGUUUGAGAAUUAUCAAUGGGUUCAAAAUGUAUUUCAUAGUUUGCAUUUAAACGGUGGUCACCAUCAUGUGGGUAAAGGAAGAAAAGCCUUAAGCUGCUUGGACAGGGUGAGACAGAUGGCAGGACAGGGGCCCUAUGGUUAGUUAAUAGUGGUUAGCAGGAGGUGUUUAUUUUGCUUGUCAUAAAAGUACAAUUGUUUGUUCUAGAUUGCAGGAAAAGGCAGUUUGACAUUCAAAAACAAAUCCGAAAGGGGGCGCUGCCCCCGGACGUAUUUAGCAGCGCCACAAAAAAAAUCCUGGGUUAGUAGUGGUUGGUACUGGAUCAUUCUCAUUAGUAUAUACCGCAGCAAACUAUACCAACGUUUUGCAAAGGAAAUUAGUUUCUCAUCGGUCAAGUUCAGGUCAGGCUUUCUGCCAUUUUUGACCCAGGUAAGUGAUUACAGAAGACAAAUGCCUGUUUAGUUUUUCACUGAAUAUUUUCAUUGUUCUAACAGUUAUUUUGCCUCAAUAGUUUCAUGAAUGUACAACAUGUGUUGACGAGAUGUCUGUAUCCUGCGGUCAUUGAAAAGGCUGCAUUCAAACAUUAAAACUCAAGUAAGGCUUU